UGCCUUGUCUCUAGGCCUGAGGACAGAGAGGGGCUUACAGAACCCAGAGAUGAAGAGCCUCCUCAUGCUGGCCUGGUUCCUGGCUUGCAGUGUUCCUGCAGUCACAGGGGGCUUGCUGGACCUGAAGUCCAUGAUUGAGAAGGUGACGGGAAAGAAUGCCCUAAGGAACUACGGCUUCUAUGGCUGCUACUGUGGCUGGGGCGGCCGAGGAACCCCUAAGGAUGGCACUGAUUGGUGCUGUUGGGUACAUGACCACUGUUACGGACAGCUGGAGGAAGAAGGCUGUGGCAUCCGGACCCAGUCCUACAAAUACAGAUUCAGUCGGGGCCUGGUCACCUGUGAACAUGGGGCCUUCUGUCCCAUGAGGCUUUGUGCCUGUGACAGGAAGCUGGUCUACUGCCUGCAGAGAAACCUGUGGAGCUACAACCCUCAUUACCAAUAUUUCCCAAACAUCCUCUGCUAAUGCCUUCUGUGGGCUCCACUAUGGUGGCAACUACCACAAAAGACAUCCCCGCCACUCCCCCCCACCUCCCUACAUCCCUGAUGUGCACCCCAAGGUCUCUGACCUCAAUCUUUCUGUGUUCCACUAGACUGGACAGUGCCUUGGGGCCACACUCUGCCUUCCAGGGUCCUAGAGAGAAACUCCGGUCCAGGGCUUGGUCAGCUCCCAGGGUGACUGACCCUGUGCAGGGGAGGGUGGUCCUGGGCCCAGAAGCUCCUCCAGUUCCACUCCAGGGUGGUGUUGGCUUUUCAGUUUCUGCCAUUGAAUUGUCAUCACCACCUUCCAGGGAACUUUCGCUCAAGUAGAAGCAAAAUUAACUUCAUAAAUCUGCUAUGUAGAUAUUAAAUAAAAUCCAUUAUCAAGGCUAGUAAAAUCCCACCAGGCAUCUCCUCUGAUGGGGAGUGUGAUGAGAUUGCCUAAGCCUUUCUCACCAUUGGGAGCUAAGUCUCAAGAAACCUGUAGGCUCUCAGAGAUGGAGAUGGUCAGGAAAUUGAUGGAGGGUUUCCUGGAUGAAGGCCUGGAGGACCGUGGUUUGGAUUCGUUUCUUUAAACCUUGGGAUCCUCCAGCCAAGCCUGGAUGUAGGCUUUUUCAAGAGGAACGUGAAAGGUAAUGAUGUCACCUUGGGCUCCUGGUCAGAGAGGGCAGUGCUUAGCUCCCAGCUCUGGCUUCUGUAGCUGUGCAGGCUUGGCCCCCGUGCAUCUCCUGAACCUCUUGGACCUCUUAAACUUCUAUAGUAUCUGCUCUCUGACUUUCAGUCUCUUUUUAAAAAAGAGAACUUGCCCUUGAAGUAGAAAAGGAGACUCCUUCCAGAAACAUGUUGGUGCCACACCUGUGACCAAGCCCCAAAGAUGUAGAGACAGACAAAGGUCACCCUCUGCUCCAUAACAAGUUUGAAGCUACCCUGGGAGUCUCCCAAACUGCCUGUUUCCACCAAGGGGUGGGGCCUGCUGCGGAGAAUUGACUGGGGAGGGUUUUCUGCACCAUCUUGGGACGGAAGCCUUGAGCCACCAGGAACGAGGGGCGACAGGCGUGGAGAAAAACAUAGCCUGGCAUCUCAGUCCCACACAGGAGGAAUCUGAAGUGGCAGGCUCUUGAGCUGCGGCGCAAGAGUGCUUGUCUCUUUGUAAGUUCCCCCAUUUACCCACUCCGUACCCGAGGGUAUAACCCAUAAUAAAUCUACAUAAAAAUAUAUUACAUGGUGUGUCUGAUAUGCAAGAGACCCCCCCUGAGAGAACUCUGGCGACACUGGGCUGCAUAGAACUCUGUCUCGAAAAAGACAGUACAUGAUCCCAACAUCCGAACUAAAACCUGGAGAACUUCGACUUUUAGAAGUUGAUAAUCGCGUGGUUCUACCAGUAGAGCUACCAAUUCGAAUACUAAUUUCCUCGGAAGAUGUGCUCCCCCCCCAUAUUAAUGAAUUAAUAAACAAAUAAUUAAAAUGAGAUUCAUAACACUUUCCUGGGGCAGAUACAGGGAUGCUGGGGUUCUUUGAUGUCACAGAGCCAGGAGGAAAACGUGUUUUAAAGAAGUUUCAAGGGGCUAGAAGUACAACAUGUGUAAGGCCCUAGGUUUAUCCCCAGCACUGCAAUAGUGUUUAUUUUUUUAUUUUACCAA